UUCUGAAUAGUCCCAUUGAAAUCAAUGGGCUACCUCCAGUAGUGAAGUUAAGUGUGUGCAUAACUAAUAUGCAUUAAUUGUUGCAGCCCUGGCAAAAUUCUUCUUGCCUAUUUGCCUAAGAAGAGUGUUUCCCCCCUCCCUUGACUUCCUACUUGCUUUAACCAGUUUUCCCUAGGGCCUGUUCCCUUCUGAUUAAAAAGCUGGUUGGCUCCACCCACCCCCUGCUGAAGUAUGAUACAACUUGUCAGAAAGCAGGAAGUCUGGUUAGAGCACUCUGCAUGAUUUGAUAAGAAAUCUCUAUUCCUCGGGGGGGGGGAACUAUCCAAAGGCCCUGAUCUUGUAACUCAACUGGCACAAGUGGACCCUAUUAACUGGAUGCAGGAUUGGAGCCAAAGAUGGAGCCUCCUGUACUGGCUUUUGCUCUUUGGAUAUUUGCCUUUCUUUCUGUUCCUGCGGCUGGUUAUCCAAAUGGAAAAGUAAGAGAGGCCUGCAGUAGUAUGAUGCCUUGCCAUGGACAUUCUCCACAGCCAUCCCCUGAGCACACUAUAUCAGUGAAUGAGACCAAAUUUAGACCAGGGGACCAUAUAAAAGUUAGUUUAUCUGGUCCAGUCUUUGAAGGAUUUUUCAUACAAGCCCGGAAUGCAGAGAACUUGGCUGGCCCUGCAGUUGGCUCUUUUAUGCUAGCUGAAGAAAGGAUUUCUCAGCUCCUGACAUGUGGACUUGUAAAGAAUUCUGCUGUCAGUCACACAAGUAAAUCAAAAAAGACACAUGUAGAGGCUUAUUGGGUUGCUCCCACAGAUGCACCAGAACAUGUACAAUUUCUAGCCACAGUUGUAGAGAAAUAUAAAAUCUUUUGGGUGAAGAUUCCUGGUCCCAUCAUUUCCCAGCCUAAUGCACCACCUUUGACAACACCUACAAGUAUUACACCAGAGACUCUACCAACUUCACGGCCAGUUUUCCAUCUAACAACAUCAUUUAAUGCCUCCGGCUGUGGAAUUACAAAGUUCUGCAUAAGGAAUCCUCCAAAAUGUGAUCCUGGGGCUGCCAACUGUUUCUUUCUGUCCUUCUUCAAACAAAAUAACCACUCGGUACUUAUUGAAAUGAGUGGUCCUACUGAAGGAUAUAUAGCCUUUGCAUUAUCUCAUGACCAGUGGAUGGGUGACGAUGAUGCAUAUCUGUGUAUUAAUGAAGAUCACCAUAUUAAUAUAAACACGGCCUAUCUUAGUGGGCGAACUCCUCCUGUGUUGGACUCAGAGAAUGGCCUUGAAGAUAUCUCAUGGAGGGUGGCUGAUGGUAUUCUUCAGUGCUCUUUCAGAAGAAAUCUUCGUCUUCCUGCUUAUAAAGGGAGGUUUAAUCUAGAUGCUAAUUAUUACAUAUUUCUGGCAGAUGGGGAGGCGAGUGAGGGAGGUCUAAUUCACAAACAUCAUCAUCAGCCUCUCAUCACCAAUGGAAUGUACAAUGUCACAGACUCUCCAAAGGAUGUAGGGGGAUCCCGCUCUCCACUUCUUCUUAAACUCCAUGCUUCAUUAAUGUUUGUUGCAUGGAUGACUACAGUUAGUAUUGGCGUUAUUGUUGCCAGAUUCUUCAAGCCAGUUUGGCCUCAUUCAUUGUUUGGGAAGGAGAUUUGGUUCCAGGUACAUCGUAUGCUGAUGUUGACCACAGUGCUUCUUACGAGCAUCGCUUUUGUUCUUCCUUUUAUAUACAGAGGAGGCUGGAGUGAAUGGGCAGGUUUUCACCCAUACCUUGGCUGUACCGUGAUGGCUCUGGCAAUCUUUCAACCUCUGAUGGCAGGUUUCAGACCACCUCCUCAUGCACCAAGAAGGCAAGUAUUUAACUGGGUUCACUGGAGUACUGGCACAACAGCUAGAAUACUAGCUGUGGUGACUAUGUUCCUGGGAAUGGACCUACCAGCACUCAACCUUCCAGACCCAUGGGACACUUAUACAAUGAUUGGAUUUGUAGCUUGGCAUGUCGGUAUUGAUAUUCUCCUGGAGAUACAUAGCUACUGUCUCAUUCGCAAAGUUGAAGUGAUUGAUGAGGAUAGAAUACAAAUUCUUCAGUCACUUACAUCAGCAGAAGCAGAGGGUCAUACAUUUAAAGAGAUUGUGUUAACCAUCUACAUCUGUGGAAAUAUAGCAUUCCUUAUUACCUUCCUGGCAGCAAUCCACCAACUAUAAAAACUAUGAAUUUCUGGCAAGGACAUUAGAUGUUGAGCAUUUGCAGUGAAAUCAAGAGUGAAGCACCGCUCAAGGAAUUCUUACAGAUACCAGUGUUGCCUCAAUACCUUCCUGAAGUUAUACUUGAAGAAUAAUUGUGUGUGAUG